UUCUUCCCAGAUUUUCUCCCUGCAAUUUUCGCCCAAUUUCAGAACUGUGCAAUAUUCUCAAUUUUUUUUUUCAAGUGCUCGAUUUGUGUAUAUAUAUAUUUAUUUGCAGAUAUCUAUCUAUAUCUAUAUAGUUAUAGAUACUUUGCAAAUUGUCAAUGGAGUGCACAAUUUCUUCUGGCUUAGGCAAAUCGUCUCUUCUACUUGGUCCCUCUUUCCCCCUAACUCGAUCGAAAUCGCAGGCUUCAGCUUUAUCAUCCUCUCCUUCUUAUCUCCCUAAGCCCUUUUUCAAAUCCAGAAGCUUCAGCAUAUUUCCUCUCUUUUCGCGCCAAAACCGCCCAAUUAUUCGAUCACAAAGCUCCAAUCAAACAGCUGACAAUGGUUUUGUCCUUGAAGAUGUCCCUCAUUUGACCAACUUUCUCCCAGAUUUGCCGACGUAUCCAAAUCCUCUGCAAAAAAGCACAGCAUAUGCGAUAGUUAAGCAAACUUUUGUGAACCCAGAAGAUGCGGUUGCAGAAAAAAUUGUUGUUCAAAAAGGUAGUCCUAGAGGAGUGCAUUUUAGGCGUGCUGGGCCUCGAGAAAAGGUGUAUUUCAAGUCAGAAGAAGUCCGUGCUUGCAUAGUGACUUGUGGAGGUUUGUGCCCUGGGAUUAAUACAGUGAUCAGGGAGAUAGUGUGUGGCUUGAACUACAUGUAUGGCGUUGAAGACAUACUUGGAAUUGAGGGAGGGUAUAGAGGCUUUUACUCUAAAAAUACAAUGAGAUUGACCCCUAAGGUGGUAAAUGAUAUUCAUAAGCGCGGUGGCACUUUUCUUCGCACUUCGCGAGGAGGCCAUGAUACCAACAAGAUAGUUGAUAACAUACAAGACCGAGGAAUAAAUCAGGUUUAUAUCAUUGGAGGGGAUGGCACUCAAAAAGGAGCAGACCUAAUAUACAAGGAAGUUGAGAAACGUGGUCUCCAAGUGGCAGUUGCUGGAAUCCCCAAAACAAUUGAUAAUGAUAUUGCUGUCAUAGACAAAUCUUUUGGAUUUGAUACUGCUGUUGAAGAAGCCCAGAGGGCUAUUAAUGCUGCACAUGUGGAGGUCGAAAGUGUGGAAAAUGGAAUUGGAAUUGUCAAACUAAUGGGAAGAUACAGUGGAUUCAUUGCUAUGAUGGCAACUUUGGCAAAUCGUGAUGUGGAUUGUUGUUUGAUUCCAGAGUCUCCAUUCUAUUUAGAUGGCCGGGGUGGGCUUUUUGAGUUUAUUGAGGAGCGGCUUAAAGAAAAUGGACACAUGGUAAUUGUGGUAGCUGAAGGAGCAGGGCAGGAUUAUGUUGCUCAGGAAAUGCAAGCGAACGAGAAGAAAGAUGCAUCAGGAAACAGGCUACUCUUGGAUGUUGGUCUGUGGUUGUCUGACAAGAUCAAGGAUCAUUUUACAAAGAUUCGGAAGAUGUCGAUAAAUAUGAAAUACAUUGACCCUACUUAUAUGAUACGAGCUAUUCCGAGUAAUGCAUCAGACAACAUUUACUGCACUCUUCUCGCUCAAAGUGCUGUUCAUGGGGCCAUGGCUGGAUUCAGUGGCUUCACAGUUGGACCUGUGAAUAGUAGGCAUGCUUACAUUCCAAUCGCUCGUGUGACUGAGACACAAAAUACAGUCAAGUUGACGGAUAGGAUGUGGGCCAGACUUCUUGCAUCCACAAAUCAACCUAGUUUUGUGGAUUUCAAUGACAUCUCACAAAAAAGAAUUGGUGGGGAGACCAACAACGUGAUCAACAACACGAUGAUAUCCAGUUCGUAAAUUUUAUGGGGCUAAGGACAAAUUCAAGUAGACCAGCACUAUUGAGUGUGUGGAUUCUUUAAUAUACCUGUUUGAUCCUGCUCAAAUUCAUUUAGACCACCUCAAGGUAGAGCUUUGCUUAUACUACAACUGCUUAUUUUAUUUUUUGUUAAAAUGUGUUUACUAACACUGCUUCGUUCUCCCAAAUUGUACUGAUAAUUUGGUUGUAAAAUAAUUCAGUGCCUUUGGCAGUUGCAUUUAUCCGGAGAUAAUGAAAUUACACGUUUGAUUC